AUGAAUGCCUACGAUGUCUUCCUAGAACCAUCUGCAGUGUCAAAGUCUUUGGCUUGUAACUUCAUUAGCUCAAACGAAAAACAUUUGGUGGUUGGGAAAGCUACCACGCUAGAAAUAUACGAAGUUCUCCGGUUGAAAAAUGGCCAGCCCUUAGCUUCCGACUACAAGCUCAAACUCAUUGCUCUGUACAAAUUGCAAGGGCUCAUAACAGAUCUUUGCGCUAUAAGAACGGCCGAAAAUCCCCAUUUAGAUUACGUCCUUGUAUCCACGAAGAGUGCCAAAGUGUCUUGUAUCAAAUGGAAUCCUUACAAACAUAACAUAGCCACCGUGUCAUUGCAUUAUUAUGAACACGUUCUACAAAAUUUGACAUAUGAGACGGUUUAUGAAUCUUCCUUAACUGUAAGCCCGUCUCAGAACUCCGUGUUCUGUUUGCGCCGAAACAAUAUGCUCGUUCUAUUGCCAUUCAAUAGGGUUGAGGAAGAGAUCGAUGGUGAGGAGGAUGGCCACGCCAAAAGUAUGGAUGUGGUUGAAGGUGAGAAAAAGGAUGAAGAUCGUGAGCGUGGCCAGGUCCCUCUCUUUGGUUCGAGCACAGUGGUGGACAUCGAGACGGUGGAUCCUACAGUGGGUGAAAUUAUAGACUUCCAAUUUCUCCACAACUAUCGUGAUCCUACUUUGGCAAUUGUCUCUCAUCGUAAAAGUACUUGGGCUGGUGUCUUGCCUAAAGAAAAGGAUACUGUUCUCUUCACAGUGCUCUCUUUAGAUGUUCAAACAGCCUCUACCACUACAAUUUUGCAAAUUGAAAACCUUCCAUACGAUAUUCACAAGGUCGUACCACUUCCGUCGCCUUUGAGUGGCUCAUUGCUUCUUGGUUGUAACGAGAUUAUUCAUGUUGACAACAGUGGCAUUACUCGACGCAUUGCUCUUAAUUCUUAUACCACAGAUAUAACAUCUUCUAUCAAAAGUUUCCAAGAUCAGACAGACUUGGAUAUUAAACUUGAAAAUUGCACUGUAUGCGCGAUUCCCAACGAUAGUAGGGUACUUCUUGCCCUCGAGAAUGGAGAUUUCUAUUAUGCCACCUUUGAAGUCGAUGGUAAAACGAUCAAAAAGUUUGCCAUUGAACCGAUUGACAAAAAUCUUUACCAGUCUUUGCAAAAAUACCAGCACAGUGGUAUUAUUGCAUUAGAUGAUAAUCUACUCUUCUUCAUGGGUACCACAUGUAACUCAGUAUUGGUCGAACUAAGUUACACGAGCAGCGACGACAAUAACGCUGUUGAUAAAGGCGAAGCAAUUGAAGUCACUACAUCGGAUUCGAAGAUGUUGGACAAUGAUGAUGACGAAGAUCUAUACGACGAGGACGACAAAGACAAAGAAAAAGAAGUCAAGUCCGGUCAAAUAGAAUUUAUCGUAAGGGAUGAAUUGUUUAAUCAUGCGCCCAUAUCAUCCUUUGCGCUUGGCAAUUAUUCUACUGAGAAAAUAGUGGCAAAGUUGCCAAAUCCAUCCUUUAAUGAUGUCUCAAUAUUUGCUGCAGGCGGACUCGGACUCAGUGGCCAGUUGAACAUAAUCACACCCACUAUUCAGCCGAUAAUCAAGUCAUCUUUGCGCUUCUCCCAACUCAAUCGUUUGUGGACUAUUAAUAAUAAGUACCUCAUCACAUCUGAUGACUUGAACCAAAAAUCUGAGCUCUUUGAUGUCAAUCAAUCAUAUGCCAGGCUCUCUCCGAAGCACUUUGUGAAUAAUGAGCUCACAAUUGCAAUGCACGAGCUCAAUCAUGGCCAAUUCAUUCUUCAAGUUACACCUAGACAUAUCAUUAUGUUCAGCAACAAAUUUAGAAAAGUUCUGUCCUUGGAUAAAGGAUUGAAGGAGCUAGAAGAUGGAGACAUUAUUAAUAGUGUGUUCAAUGAUGACUUUCUCAUGAUUUUCUUCUCAUCUGGUGAGGUCGUCAUUUACAGUGUUGACUCUGAGAACAAAUCUUUUACACGUAUUGAAUUACCAAUGUCCCUCCAAGACACAAUCAUUACUACGGGAUACAUUGCCAACUCGAAACUUUUAAAUGCCGUGCUGAAGGAUCUUAAUUUGAUCACAAAUAGAGGUCAGAAGCGCAAACGAAACGGCGAUGCUGCAUCCCUCAAAGCAGUUAGCCCAAUAGAAGGAAAACAGAUGAUAUUUAUCUUGGUAACAGGUGAUAAUAGGAUCGUUUUAUUUGGUCGCGAUCACAAAGAUGUAUGCUUUCAACUCGAUUUUGUGAACAUCUUUUCGGAUACUCUUCAAAUCAAUUUCUUUGACAUAAAUUCCGGAGAUCCAGAUCCGUUCAUCAAGCAAGUGAUUCUCAAUGAUUUAGGAGACGAAUUUACGAAAGAAGAAUAUUUGACGAUUCUUACAGUUGGUGGUGAAAUUUACUCAUACAAAUUGUACUUUGAUGGCGAAAGCUAUUCGCUUAUCAAGCAGUAUAAUUUACCCAUGACUGGAGCUCCUUUUAAUGCGUAUGCACAUGGUACCUCGAUUGAGAGAAGAAUGAUCUAUUUCCCCAAUAUCAAUGGUACAACUUGCAUUAUGGUCACUGGAGUAAUUCCAUAUUUAAUCACCCGUUCCAGACAUAGUCAGGUUCGAAUUUUCAAAUUUUCAAAAAUUCCUAUUGUCUCUUUUGUUCCAUACUCUGAUGAAAAGAUCAAAAACGGAUUGAUUUAUCUCGACACGAAAAAGAACGCACGUAUUGUCGAGUUACCCAACGAUUUUAAUUAUGAUAAUACGUGGCCAAUCAAGAAAAUUUAUAUUGGCGAGACAGUCAAAUCUGUCGCAUAUCAUGAAACUUCUCGCACGGUGAUUCUUUCAACAUUCAAGGAAAUACCAUAUGAUUGCAUUGACGAAGAAGGGAAUCCAAUCGUUGGAUUGAAAACCGAAAAACCGCGAACAUUCAAUUACAAAGGUCAAAUUCGACUCAUCUCGCCAUUGUCGUGGACUACCAUUGACACCAUUGAACUUUUGGACAACGAGGUAGGUUUGCAAAUUAAAUCAGUGGUUCUAGAUGUUGGGAGCGAGACCAAAAGAUUUAAAAGUAAAAAAGAGUUUGUUUUGUUAGGAACAGGAAGACUCCGUAUGGAGGAUUUGGCCUGCAACGGCUCUUACAAAAUUUUGGAGAUCAUUGACAUCAUUCCGGAACCUGGCAAGCCGGAGACCAAUCACAAGUUUAAAGAGUUUACCGAAGAGGCAACAAAGGGUGCUGUCACUUCUAUCUGUGAUGUAAGUGGCAGAUUCCUAGUAGCACAAGGUCAAAAAAUGAUUGUUCGUGAUAUCAAGGACAACACUGCUGUGUCAGUCGCAUUCCUCGAUGCAUCUGUCUACGUUUCAGAAACAAAAAGUUUUGGUAACUUGGUGUUGUUUGGAGAUACCUUAAAGAGUGUGAGUUUGGCUGGAUUUGAUGCGGAGCCAUUUAGAAUGAUUCCUCUCGGAAAAGAUCUACAUGAACUAGACGUGUCAAGUGCUGAUUUCGUUGCGUAUGAUCAAGAUAUCCAUAUAAUUGUUGCUGACAAUGAUAAGGCUUUACAUGUCCUUCUGUACAAUCCGGACGAUCCGUCGUCCAGCAACGGCCAGCGUCUUUUGCAUAGAUCAACGCUCAACACAAAUUUCAAUACCACAUGCACGCGCUCGCUCGCGAAACACGAACAAAUCAAUCCAUGGCUAGACCCCACCACCCUGCCCUUCCAAGUAGUGGGCUCCACCGUUGAGGGAGCUAUGUACACCGUGUUCCCUGUGAGUGAGGCGACAUACAGACGUAUGUAUAUACUCCAACAACAGCUCAUAGAUAAGGAGUUCCAUGCAUGUGGCUUGAACCCAAAAUUGAAUCGUUUUGCGCUGGUCAAGAAUGAGUCUUCCCUGAGUCUUCGGCCUCUACUCGACUGUGAGCUCUUGAGAAAAUACUCCAAGCUCAAUCAGGACCGUAUGCGGACACUUGGUCAAAAGGUCUCUAUCAAAAAUGUUUCAGUGGACCUUUGGAAAGAUCUCAUUGAGUUUGAAAAUGUCUUGAACAACUUGUAG